AUGGCUGGGGGAGACAUCCUGCAGGCGGUGCAGGAUCUGGAGAGGAGAGGGGCAGAGCUGGGCUCCGACGGAGAGGAGCAGCAGCAACAGCAGCAGCUGGCCUCCCUGGUUUUCGGCAUGUGGGGUGGCCCACCGGUGGCAUUGCGGAUCUUGCCGUACCACAGUGCCCAUUAUCGCUCACCACGGGCUAAGCUGGCUAAGGAUGAUGGGAGCUGGGUCCCGGGUGCUGGCGUGGGAGUUCCUGGAAGAGGCUUCUACCCAGGGGCUGGUGGUGUCGGAGGACUGGGGGGCCUUGGAGCGGGCCUCGGGGGUACAGGGGCCGGUGUUGGCGGUCUGGGCGCUGGUGCAGGUGGCCUCUACACAGGUGGGGCUUUGCCGUUUCCGGAGAUCCCCGGAGCCGCCGCCUAUAAAGCAGCUGCCAAAGCUGGUGCUGGAGUCGGUAUACCCGGAGUUGGUGUCGGUGGACUGCCAGGAGGUGGUGCGAUUCCACAGACGGGGGUGCAGCCGGGAGCCGGCAUUGGUGCAAAGCCUGGGAAGAUACCAGGAGUUGGGAUCCCAGGGGUCUUCCCCGGAGGUGUGCUCCCUGGCACAGGGAUCCGUUAUCCUGGGGUGGGGGUCCUGCCAGGGGUGCCAACAGGAGCUGGAAUCAAGCCUAAAGUCGCUGGAGCUGGCGGUGGUGCCUUUGCAGGGAUACCAGGUUUCGGAGGCUUCGGCGGUGGGCAGCAGCCGGGGCUCCCUCUGGGCUACCCCAUCAAAGCACCGAAAGUCCCCGGUACUUAUUACGGUCCUGGGAAACAGGCUUUUGGGGCUGGACCUGGCGGGGUGUACGGUGGAAUCGGAGGAAAAGCCGGAUUCCCAACUGGCACAGGCGUAGGAGCGCAAGCAGCCGCGGCUAAGGCGGCCGCAAAAUACGGUGCUGGCCUUGUCCCCGGGGCAGGGGGAAUCCCAGGAGUUGGGUCGCUCGGAACAGGCUUAGUACCGGGCGUCGGUGGCGUUCCCGGUGCAAUCGGCGCAGGCGGGCCGGCGGCAGCUGCGGCGGCAGCAAAGGCAGCAGCGAAAGCCGCUGCAUACGGUGCUGGGGCCCUUCCUGGGGCUGGUUUGGGUGGCCUCGGCGUCCCAGGUGGCGCUGGGGUGCCUGGGAUCGGCGGACUCCCCGGCGUGGCCCCUGGUUUGGGAGCGGGAGGACUGAGUCCAGCCGCAGCCGCAGCAGCAAAAGCAGCCAAAUAUGCCGGUGCUGGGGCCCUUCCCGGGGCUGGUGUUGGUGGCGUCGGCGUCCCGGGUGGCAUUGGGGUGCCCGGGGUCGGUGGACUUCCUGGCUUGAGACCUGGUGUAGGAGUGAGCCCAGGAGUGGGAGGUUUGAGUCCGGCGGCGGCGGCAGCAAAAGCAGCGAAAUACGGUGCUGGGGCUGUUCCGGGGGCUGGCCUGGGUGGCGUCGGCGUCCCAGGCGGUGUAGGGAUCCCUGGGGUUGGUGGACUUCCUGGCGUGGCCCCUGGUUUGGGAGUGGCCCCAGGAGUGGGAGGAGUGAGUCCGGCGGCAGCAGCAGCAGCAGCUGCAAAAGCAGCUAAAUAUGGCGCUGGGGCCCUUCCUGGGGCUGGCCUGGGUGGCGUCGGCGUCCCCGGCGGGGGAGGGAUCCCGGGGGUUGGCGGACUUCCUGGCGUGGCCCCCGGUGCAGGAGUCGGCCCAGGAGUGGGAGGACUGAGUCCAGCGGCCGUGGCCGCUGCCAAAGCAGCAAAAUAUGGUCAGGUUCCCGGAGCUGUCCCCGGCGGCAUCGGCGGAGUCCCCGGCGGCGUGGGCGGCCUCCCAGGGGGUGGUGUCGGUGGCCUACCUGGUGGGUUUGGCGUCGGUGGCGUCCCAGGAGCGGCGGCGGCGGCAGCAGCUAAGGCAGCAGCGAAAGCCGGAGCGUAUGGAGCUGGUGCCGGCCGAGGUCUCGUGCCCGGAGCUGCCACUGGUGGUUUGGUCCCUGGCAUCGGUGGCGGGCUUGUUCCAGGAGGUGGAGUGCCCGGGGGUCUUGGAGCAGCCGCGGCGGCUAAAGCAGCUGCAAAAGCUGCCAAAUACGGUGCUGGAGGCAGAGGUGUGCCAGGGGGCGGAGUCGUGCCAGGGGGUGGAGUGGUGCCAGGAGGCGGAGUCGUGCCAGGAGGCGGAGUCCUGCCAGGGGGCGGAGUCGUGCCAGGGGGCGGAGUCUUGCCAGGAGGCGGAGUCGUGCCAGGAGGUGGAGUCGUGCCAGGGGGCGGAGUCGUGCCAGGGAGCGUUCCCGGUGCAGGGAUCCCGCAGAUCGGAGUCCAGCCGGGGGCCAAGCCACCUAAAUAUGGCGUCCCUGGGACCGGAUUGGGUGGUCUUGGUGUACCAGGCCUCGGUAGCAGACCGGGAGGAUUCGGAGUCCCUGGCGCUGGGGGAAUCGGUUAUGGUGGCGUCGGAGCCGGAGGGCUGGCGCCGGGGUUGACGUAUCCAGGAGCCGGCUCAAAACCUCCUAAACCAGGCUACGGGCUUGGCCUUACGCGAUACGCAGACGGACUGUCUCCUAUUGUACCAGGUGGCGGCGGCUAUGGCGGCAAACCCCCUAAGCCCUAUGGAGCCCUAGGAGCCUUGGGCUACAGAGGCGUGAAUCCGGCAGCUGCAGCUGCAGCAAAAGCAGCGAAAUACGGGCUUGGUCGAAAGCGGAAGUAGCCCGGAAGGAUCUGAACGUCCAAUUCACCUCAUGAACUUUGGUGCUACUGCGUGGUCUCGAAUGUACCCCCCCCUCAACCCACCCCGAG